ACACGGACUUUGUUCUCCAGCACCGAGCUCCAAACGAUCGCCUGGCGGAAAUCUGCUCCAUUUCUGUUCCAUUUGGAGCUGCCGCUCGCUCUCUGCUGCUACAAGACGCAUCACUGCAGGAUCAGCCCCAGCUCUGCCAGCACUCCUGGAAUGCCAAGAGAUCCUGCCUGCAACCCCACUAACAAUUUUCCGGAGACCCCCGCAGAACGUCCACCGAAUUAAACCUUCCCGCACGGAGCUCCGCCGUCGAUCUCGGCAACAAAGGCGAGCAGCAGGCGCCAGCAAAGGGUUAACUCCGGCUGUUCGCGUUUCUGCCUUCCCUCUUUCGGGCUGGGUCCCUGCCAGGAGGAAGCAGUUCAAGUUGAAGGCUGGUGGUGCGUGCAGCAGCAUCGGGCGCAUGUCUGCGCUCCCCAGCAGCCGGAGCGGGGAGGGUCUGGCAGGCAGCGAGCGGCCGCCCCGGGAUGGCACAGGGCUCCGAGUGCCGAAACUCCCUCCUCUAUUACUACAGCGUCAAAUUCGCUUUGUCCACCUAUGCCACUCUCUUCUCGAUCAUCGGCCUCGUGAUCCUGUGCAUUGGGAUUUAUGCCGAAGUGGAGAGGCAGAAGCACAAAACCUUGGAAGGGAUGUUCCUCGCUCCAGCCAUCAUCCUGCUCCUGCUGGGCUUCACCAUGUUCAGCGUCUCCUUUGUCGGCAUGGUGGGGAGCCUCAGGGACAACCGGACACUUCUGAAGAUAUUCUUUUGGGUCCUUCUGGUGAUCUUCAUCACGGAGCUGCUGUUGAUAUUCAUUGAAAUCAUCUUUGAAAACAAGAUGAAUGCAGUUUUGCACUCCAACAUUCAGGAGGGCAUUCGCCACUAUUAUGACGACCUUGACUUCAAGAACAUCUUGGAUUUUGUCCAAGAAAAGUUUUCUUGCUGUGGUGGUGAUGAAUACAGGGACUGGGAGGUCAAUCUGUACCACUCCUGCAACGGCAGCGGACCGCUUGCGUGCGGCGUGCCCUACACGUGCUGCAUCAGGAAGGUCCCUGGAGAAGUCAUUAACACCCUGUGCGGCUACAGGACACUCGAGAAAGAGCGCCUGGAGCUGCUCGAUGUCAUCCACGUGCGAGGCUGCAUCCACGCCGUGGGGCUGUGGCUGAAAGAUAACUUUGAGUCCACUUUGAGCAUUGUUUGCUCCCUGCUGCUUCCCCAGGUAGGUAGGACCCAGGUGGGUCAGGUCAGCACCCUCUUGGCUUCUUUCUCUGUUCUGGGGGAGGAAGAUGAUUUGUUUUUAGGUAGUUCCCCCUGCUGCAUUUGUAUCUGAGAUGUGUGUCUUGAGUGGGAAUGUCACAGCACUUUCUAGAGCAACCUUAGCAAAAUUACUAAUUUACUGCUGUGGUGCUGGCUGUCUCAUAGCACACUCCCACAUUUAAUUAAUGUUCAAGUAAUAGCACCUGAAAGCAAGACGUGUAUAUGAUACCAAAAAUCAUGUUGCAUUUGUUUCUACAUCUCUCUUCAAACAGUGCGUAAAUAUCAACCAAAAUAAACCAUAAUCAUAAAUUCAGCAGCUAUUUCCAUGCAUCAUGAAAUCUGUGUUUAAAUCAUUGGCCAUUACCAAUGCCUGAGAAUCCAGGCAGCUUUCCAGCACAGGUAAUUAAGCUCUCCAUCACAAAUGCUGGGUAUGGAGAGAAAUCUUUAGUUGCAGUGGGGAUUUCUCCUAUGGAGAACUGUUGUUUGCACUGUGCUUGCAAAGAUGUGAAUAUCUCUUAGCUCUUUCCACAAUAAUCUUUAACAGAACUGUAGUAAUUUGGUGUUGAUUAAGUCUUUUAUUAUUAGUAGUAGUAAUAUUCACUUCCUUCAAGGCUCACAUAUGAAAGCUUUCUCUUUAACUCCUUGGGUACGAGUUGGGUUUGCCACUGAAGGUACUUGGUGGUUGGUGCUUUCUGGAUAUGGGGUUUUAUGUAACUGAGGGUGAAAUGAUUAUGUAUUUUUCCUGGGCUUCCACUUGCAGUGAUGUAUAGAAUAGUGGCUCAGUAAAGUAGAAGCUAUUUGGGAAAUAUGUGCCACACUGAGUUACUUUUUCAAAGGACUGACUGUCCUGGAUGUCUCAGAUGAUCAUAGAAUCACCGAAUCACCAAGGUUGGAAGAGACCUACAAGAUCAUUCAGUCCAACAACCCACCUACCACCAAUAUUUCCCCACUGGACCACGUCCCUUAGUGCAGCAUCUAAAUGUUUCUUGAACUCCUUGAUCCAUUCUUGAUCCAAAUGAAAAAAUUGAGGUGGGGAAGCAGUUUGCCCAGUCCCAGCUGUAAUGCUUCACAUUUAUCGAGUGCCAUCUCUGCAGUGUGCAGAUGAGAAUGGAACCUCUGCUGUGCUACCAGCAGGAAACACAACAGGCACAGGAAUGGGGUGAGAAAGCACCAUGAAAGAGGCGACCGCUUCCAUCUGCCUUGCAGGAUGUCAAGAGCCCAUUACAGGAGCUGCCUGUUGCGUUAUCCAUUAAGCUACCAACGUGGUGCUCUUAAUUAGGAAAGACAGGGAGACAAACCAGUGAUGGCAGUAAGGAUUGCUGAGCCUUGAUGAAUAUCAAGUGCUUUUGAGCGAGCGUUGUGGUUUUUCUGGCAUCCCCUUAAAUGCUCUUCAGAUAAAGAACUUUUCUUCCCAUCUGCUUGCGACUUCUAGGUUUUAAAUAUAAAUUGGAUUUGAUGCUGUCAAGUUUUGGAGGGAAUUAAGUUAGAAAUGGCCGUCUGCAUUGCCAGGAGCUGUCAGCUCAGAAACAGCUUCAACCCUGGCAACUGCCAAUGGAAAGCCAGGAUGAGAAUAUUGUCCUUGAAUUGCCAGUCUGAGGAGAGCUCUGUUGACAUGGAAGGGUGAUGGUGCCUUGAGCUUCGGGUAAACCUGUGAGCACGUCUUGUCUCUGGCCAUUGGGCAUUUGUUGUGUUUCACUAUACACUUAUUCUAGUCUCAAAAAGGGCCGCAAACCACCUUAAUGGAAAGCUUGCAGCAAGCCAUUGAGAAGGUUGGGACCCAAAUCCACAUCUGAGUGCAGUUUUGGGUUUUGGUCAAUUGUUCAAAAAAUGUGGCCUCCCUUAGGAUCAAACUUUAACCUCAGCUGUGAUGUUGAGCAGCUCAAGGGCUGCUGAAGGAUGGGGUUUUGAGCUUGGCUGAUAUCCAUCACCAAAGUGCCCAAGAUUUGUGCUUGGAUUUGGGAUGAGCAACGUUCUUAAGCCCUUCUUAUGCAGAAGGAAGCACCCAAGAAGAAUUUGAGCUGUCAUAGAUUGCCCUUGGGAAGGAUAUCCCUGGGCAAUUACUGCUCUCAGCACUGGCUUUCCAUCUUACUCAGAUGUUGGAAACCACCACAUUUUGAUUUUCUCUGGUUUUUUUUCCCCUAAAUAUAUGCACGAGAGGCCCGACAAAAGCUGGGCUUUGCUUUCUCACAAAUCUUAAUGUCUCUUUUUGGAUUUGGGAAAUGUAAAUCUGAUGUGCCCUAUCAGGUGCUGAACUGAUUGAGGCAGGGAAAACGUUCCCUGGGAAUGUCAGCAGCUGCCCUCUGGGCCAACGCAGGGCACAAGGAGUCUGUAGUUUUAUGCUCACUCCUAAAUCAUCGAUGUCUUCAUCUUUUCUAAGCAAGCCAUCAGGAAACUGGGGGAGG